AUGUCUGACAAAGACGAAAACGAAUUCUGGUCUGAGGCUCUCACUCCAGAGCCCCGCUUUGAAACGGACUUUCGCAUUCCCGAUAACAAGUUUGCCUUCUCCCCAGGCCAGCUGAACAAACUGUUCAACCCGAAGUCCCUUGCCGCUUUCUAUGCCCUGGGUGGGCUGCAUGGUCUAGAAUAUGGACUCCAGACGGAUCUCACCGCUGGGCUAUCAGCAGAUGAAAAGAUCCUAGCUCGGUAUACAACCUUCGAUGAAGCGAGACAGGUUGCGUCCUCACAAACGAAUGGGACCCUGUCGCACUCAGGACAAUAUUCGAUUUCACCAGUUGAAACCGCUCAGAGUGCAUCCCAGUUCGCGGAACGAUGCCGGGUCUUCGGCACAAAUGCACUCCCUCAAGCCCCGAAGAAGACGUUUCUUAAACUUCUUUGGGACGCGUACAACGAUAAGCUCAUUAUCCUCCUCACAAUUGCCGCGAUUGUGUCGCUCUCCCUGGGUAUAUAUGAAGCUGUGUCCGGGCAGUCGCAGGUGGACUGGGUCGAGGGCGUGGCAGUCUGCGUUGCUAUACUUAUUGUGGUUUCUGUCACAGCGGGGAAUGAUUGGCAGAAACAGAGGCAGUUUGGGAAGUUGAAUAAGCGCAAACUUGACCGCGAGGUUAAGGCUAUCCGCUCCGGGAAGACGAUGCGGAUGCGCAUCAGUGAUCUCACUGUUGGCGACGUCGUGUGUCUAGAACCGGGUGACGCAGCUCCUGCGGAUGGAAUUGUCAUCACAAGCCAGGAGAUCAAAUGUGACGAAUCCCUUGCCACAGGCGAGUCCGAUCAUGUCGAGAAGUGCAGUGGGUUCAAGGCUUGGGAUACUCGUGCAAGUGGGUCGGAGCAUGAUAUAGACCCCUUCAUCAUAUCCGGAAGCAACAUCCUUGAGGGUAUAGGGACGUACCUGGUUACCAGCGUCGGGCCACAUUCAACGUAUGGCCGAAUUAUGGUCUCUCUAGGGACCGAGACAGAUCCGACACCGUUGCAGGUGAAGCUUGGGCGGUUAGCAAGUUGGAUCGGAUGGUUUGGGCUUGGGUCUGCUUUGUUGUUGUUCUUUGUCCUGUUUGUCCGUUUUCUGGUACAGCUGUCGGCGAGCCAAGAAACCCCGGCUGUUAAGGGACAGCACUUCAUGGAUAUCUUGAUUGUUACUGUCACGGUGAUUGUAGUGGCAAUUCCAGAGGGCCUGCCACUUGCCGUGACACUCGCACUGGCUUUUGCGACUGGGCGGAUGUUGAAAGAGAAUAACCUUGUUCGACUAUUACGGGCCUGCGAGACAAUGGGCAAUGCGACAGUGAUAUGCUCUGAUAAAACAGGGACCUUGACGCAAAACAAAAUGUCUGUGGUCUCGGGAUUCUUCGGCUCCAGUGAGCCAUUUGGUAAAUUCCCUUUAAACACUACUGGAUUACCUAUCUCGAUAUCAGACACCCUGAAAAGGUUCUCAGUAUCUUUUGAAAAGUUACUGCUUCAUAGUCUGGCACUCAACACAACAGCUUUCGAAGAACAGCAGAGUGAAGGCACCAAGUUUAUCGGAAACAAGACUGAAGUCGCCCUUCUUCAGUUCGCACGUCAGGACCUCGGAUUGAAUUUGUCUGAAGUACGGACAAGCAACCACAUAGAACACGUCUAUCCCUUUGAUUCGGCCCGCAAGGCAAUGGCAGUGGUAUAUGCUAGACCAACGGGAUCAGGAUAUCGAUUCCUCGUUAAGGGUGCACCGGAGAUCCUUCUCACUGCUUCCUCUCACAUGGUCUCUCCAGGGCCAGAGGGGGAAAAUUCAGCUGCAUGUGUGAUCUCCCCAGAUAACCGCCGCUUGAUAUCAGGGAUGAUAGACGCCUAUUCCCGAGCCUCGCUUCGAACGAUAGGACUAGCGUAUAGAGAUUUCCCAACCUGGCCUUCAGCCCUUCAAGACCGCCAGCCCACUUUCGAUGACUUCUUCCAUAACAUAACCUGGAUCGGAGCAUUUGGGAUUCACGACCCGCUAAGGCCCGAAGUCACCGGAGCAAUUCAGACUUGCCGUGCGGCCGGAAUUCAGGUCAAAAUGGUCACAGGCGACAACAUACACACGGCACUCUCAAUCGCCGAAGCAUGCGGUAUUAAGACGAAUGACGGCAUCGCGAUGGAGGGACCUGAACUGCGGAAGUUAGGAGACAACGAGCUGGCCAUUGUCAUUCCCAAAUUGCAAGUACUUGCGCGGUCCUCGCCGGAUGACAAGGAUCUUCUAGUAAGACAGCUCAAGCGCCUUGGGGAAAUCGUCGCUGUGACUGGGGACGGGACGAAUGAUGGCCCGGCUUUGAAAGCUGCGGAUGUAGGGUUCUCGAUGGGACUAAGUGGGACUGAGGUUGCUAGGGAGGCGAGCUCGAUCAUUCUUCUAGAUGAUAACUUCAGUUCUAUUGUUACAGCCGUUGCAUGGGGAAGAGCUGUGAAUGAUGCUGUGGCCAAGUUUUUACAGUUCCAAAUCACGGUCAACAUCACCGCCGUCAUUCUAACAGUUGUGACGGCGAUCUAUAAUAGCAAGAACGAGAGUGUGUUCAAAGCCGUGCAGCUGCUUUGGCUGAAUCUCAUCAUGGAUACGUUCGCCGCACUAGCUCUGGCAACUGAUCCCCCGACAUCCGACAUCCUCAAUCGCCCUCCAACUCCCCGCAGUGCCCCUCUCUUCACUGUGAUAAUGUGGAAGAUGAUCCUCGGCCAGUCCAUUUACAAACUUGCCAUCUGCUUUAUGCUCUACUUCGCCGGUCAUUCGCUUUUCAAGUUCGAUAAAUCCAACGAAGUCGACAUGCUUGAGUUGAACACAAUAAUUUUCAACACCUUCGUCUGGAUGCAAAUCUUCAACCAGUUCAACUGUCGGCGGCUGGACAACAAAUUCAAUAUAUUCGAGGGCAUACACAAGAACAAAUGGUUCUUCGUGAUUAACCUCGUCAUGGUCGGCGGCCAGAUACUGAUUAUUUUUGUCAGCGGGACCGCAUUUGGUGUGACUAGGCUUUCUGGUUGGCAGUGGGGGGUCUCGCUUGGAUUUGCGGUGUUUUGUAUUCCUUGGGCGGCGAUAUUGAAGCUAGCUCCGGAUGCCUAUGUGGAGGUUUUGUUGGACGUGUUUGCUAAGAUGAUUAGGCCUGUACGGUCUGAAGCUCGGCUAUUUCCGAAUGCUUCUUCUAUCCCAAACUCGGAAAACUUGAGUCAGGCUGAGGUAUUCGAUGUGCACAACAUGCCAGUUGACUUUGAACAGAACGUUGCAACACGAUGGCUUUUCCGAACUUGA